GUGGCGCAAGGCCAUUACUCCCGCACUUUUAAAAAAACAUCGACGUUCGAAAUUCGAAAAACGAAUUGCGUAUUCCAUUUCAAAUUGCAAAAAGGAAAUGGCCGCGUUCUAUGAAUAUGCUUUGUGUUUCAAAUGAUUUUACCGGACUAAUUGUGACUUAUUUUGGGUUUUUUGUGAUUAAAAACUUGUGAUGAUGUGGUCGCGUUCGGCGUUGGUGCUUUUGCUUGGAGUUUCAGUGUUGUUCCGGUGUACGGAUUCAGUUGAUCUUCCGCGGUUCGUGGGCCCGGGGUCAAACGUCACGGUAACCGUGGGACGGGAUGCCGCCCUUACGUGUCGGGUUGAUAACCUGCAGGCUUUUAAGGUGGCGUGGCUGCGCGUUGACACGCAAACAAUCCUGACUAUAGCCGGUCACGUGAUCACCAAGAACCACCGUGUCAGCGUGACGCACGGCGACGGCACGUGGUCGCUCAUCUUGCGUGACGUUAGCCCGGGGGACGGGGGGCGGUAUAUGUGUCAGGUGAACACAGAACCAAUGAUGAGCCAGACGCAUUUGCUGCAGGUUGUAGUGCCUCCAGAUAUAGAUGACGAAGCGAGCAGUAGUGAGCUAGUGAUCGCCGAGGGGGGAGCCGCCGCGCUGCGCUGCGUGGCGUCGGGAACGCCGCCCCCCACCAUCACCUGGAGGAGGGAAGAUUCUAGACAUUUCAAGAUUAAUAAUCAAACUACAGUAUCAAAAUCGAGCGGUGAAUGGCUAAAUCUUACCGCUGUAGAACGGACAACGUCAGGCGCAUACCUCUGUAUCGCAACGAAUGGAGUUCCGCCGUCUGUCAGCAAGAGAAUACUACUGAAUGUUAUGUUUGCACCAUCAGUAUGGACGGGGAAGGUAGCGAUCCGAGCACUCUCCGGAACGUCAGUGACACUGCAGUGCACCGCCGAAGCCUAUCCAAUUCCUGUAACCUACUGGGUGCUUAACGGGGAGCAGAGGCUUGUUAAUGGAUCGAAGUACACAAUCAGCCGUGUGUCGCGCGGGUACCGGCACACGCUGUCGCUGGCGGUGGGCGGGGUGUCGCGCGCCGACGCGGGCGCGUACCGCUGCCACGCCGACAACAGCGCCGGCAAGGCGCACGCUGACGUCUUCUUGCACAUGCUCACAACAACAACAACGACGACGACCACAACAACAACAACUACAACAACCACAACCCCGCCACCGACAACAACAACAGUGCUUCCUUAUGAUGACAGCCAUUUAGAGAAGCUUCACCGCGAGGUGAUCGAAGACCCCGCUCUUGAAGACACGUAUGUGGUCCUGAGCCAGCACCAAAUGCAGAACCUUGAAAUGAUAACGACGAUGUGACCGUCGAGCGGGGGGCGCGCGGAGUCGCCGUGGGCGGGCGCGUGGCCGCCGCCGCGCGCGCGCGCCCCGCGCCCCGCGCCCGCGCUCCCCGCCCUCGCCGCCCUCGCCG